UUUGCUUUUUUUUUAAAAAUAAAUAUUGGCUCAAAUUUCAAAUCUCAAGUUUAAUUAAUUAAAUUAACAGAACAGAGACCAUGAUGAAGUUCCGUGGAUCUGGCAGAGGGAUUAAGAGACGAAGACCGUCAUCACUUAAUCGCAUUGAUUUGCCUGAUUUCAUUCCAUUGGAACGCAUUGAACCUAGCCAGUCUUAUCAUAUACAAAAUCGGAAUCAAAACUUUCAUUCAGCACCAUUCCAAGACAAUCGAAAGACCAAUAAUCAGAAGCAGAAUUAUAAUAAUACUAAUAAUGAUAGAUAUAGUGAAGAAAGACAUCAUCAGAAUCGACGUGAACACAGUGGAAGUAUGGAGCAUCAAAAGCGGAAACAUUCUCCAAUCACUCAUCAUCCAAGUUCCAGUCAACCAAUCAAAUAUCGUUCAAAAUCACCAAAGAAUCUUAAAGUUAUUGCUCAUUUUGGAAAUCAUCGAAAACAUAAUGCUAGCUUCUCAGAAUAUGACUCUUUUCAUGGACAGUAUGGACAGAAAAGGCAGCAUGAUGAAUCACGUCAAAAGCCUUCGCCCAUUGUUUUUGAUCUCAAUGAUCCAAGAAGACACUCCACGAAUGAAUCCAAUGGAUAUCAAAUGCAAAUGCCAUCAAAAAGUAAUCAUCAGAUGAUGGUUCCUGAAUGUAGUAACAGUCAAAGCAAGGACCGUGACAAUAUUUUGGUCUCUUUAAAAUGUCGUUCUGAAUAUCAUGAGACACCGCCUAAUGAUGUUAAUACGGUGCUUGAAGAUAGUGACAUUUUAGUGCGAUUAGAGACAUUAGAAAAAGAUAAGAAACAGCUACUGGUUCAUUGCAAUGGACUACGUGAUACCGUUGAUCAAUAUUAUAGAGAAAUAUCUAAACUAGAGGCAUUAAUUCAUACAUUUUCUCAAGAAAUUGAGAUCAUAAAGCGUAGAAUCUAUAAUUAAGCAAGUAAGUUAAGUAAGCUAAUUUUAAUAGCUAAAAUAACGGCUGUAAACAAAUCAAAUAUUUUUCCGAUAAGUUUGUUA